AUGAGUCGAAAGCGAAAAAUUUCGCUUAUUUUAGAAAAUGAAGACGAUGAUGCCAAUAUUCCCUCUCAGGGAAACUUGGGAAACGAAUCAAAACAUAAAACUGAAGAAAUUUCAUUAAGUUCGGAAAAAAAUAUUUUAGAUCGAUUAGAACAACCUGAUAAAACAUAUCCUGCCAGCCUUUUAACGGAUGAAUUGUUACUAAAGAUUUUCUUAUGGCUUCCUUUUAACAGCAUCAAAAACUGCAUUCUCGUCAAUAAACGAUGGAACAGAGUUGCUAAUGAUAAUAAGAUUUGGAGGGAUUUAUACUCUUCCGAAUUUUCACGAAAAUCCAUUUUCAGAUCGAAUCUUUCACUAGCUAAUCAAUCUGCUCCAAACAACGCAGUAUUUGACUGGAAGAAGUAUUUUAGAAUCAAAUAUAAUUGGAAACACGGUGCUUCUCACAUUAAAUAUCUUUCACUAUCACAAGACUCACAAAAUAAUCCAAAUGCCUUGCAUGAAUCUAUAUUAAGUUCGGAACUUUUAGACAGUAGCGACUCUGAUGAGGAUAGUGAAGAAGAAAGCGAAGAAGGUCAGCAGAUUAAUACUACAAAACAGUGGAGUUCUUCUUCAUUGGAUUUACUUGUUGCAGCAAGAAAUCAGCUUAUUGCGACUAUAGAUCAUGAGUGCAAAUUAGUGGUCAAAAACUGCGAAGAAACAAUGUCUGUUGAUGUCAACGUCAAGGAUUAUAUUCAACCUGCUUUUUCAGAACUUAUUGGAAUCCCUUCUACUUUAGUAAUUAGUCAACUUGGAUCAUUUCGAAUUUCUGUUGGCUUCACAACAGGAUCUUUUGCUAUUUUUUCACUAGAAGGAAUCAAACCUGGAGAUAGAGACAAGGGAGAACCAGUUCGUCUUGAGAUGAAGCAUAUUGCUGUCAUAGACCAUACACAGUACGGCGCUAUUCGCAAUAUAGUUCAUCGACAAAAUAUUAUUGCAGUAUAUACUGAUAAGUCCAAUAUUCUUUUAUAUUCUAUUGCAGACGGGAAUACUAAGACAGUAUCAGUUCUCAAAUCUUACAUCGACCCGAGUCAAGCUGUAUCGUUUUCUAUAAGAUCUUUUCAUUACCAACGCCUUCUUUUUUGCAUUUCGGUGGCUUAUUGCCGUCUUGCAUUAAACGGUGAUUGGAUUCCUUAUAUUCAAGAGAUUAUAUGUGCUCCUGACGGAAGCAUAGUUAACACUCGAAUGUCCACAUGUUCUUCGGCUACAAAUGUUUUCAGCACACCUAUUGUUCAUGGAGUAUUGCCCCCAUCGUCUAUUUCAUACAACCAUCCUUAUUUAUUAGCUGGAUUCGAAGAUAACACAUUAUCUUAUUACCACGUCAGAAGUGCAGAAUGUUGUCUUGAAAUCCAGCCUAAAAAACGUUUAUGGGGACACAUGAAGGGAAUCAAGCAUGUGUCUGUAAAGCCUGGUGGUGUUGCAGUUUCUGUCUCUUCAGGAUUUCCUGAAAUCAGAUGGUGGGAACUUGAAGACAAGGAUGAUUCAACAUUGAUAUAUAUACCUCAUGAAAACCUAAAUUCGCAGUCUACAAAUCAAGCAGAGCUUGAGAAGUUACCAACUAAAUCCGGCUCUCAAGAGGAUUACGGAUCCCAUACUGAAUCGGAUACCGAUAAAUCACAAGGGGCUAAUGAUAGACUAGACCAACCCCGAACCCGCAACGAAAUAAUAGAUACUCUUAAAAAAGACUCUUCAAUACUGGCCAAGGAACAGCAGAGGCAAGAAAAAGAGCGUCGAAAAAAUCAACCGACAGUCCAUGUUCUUCCGCCGUUAUGUCAAACUCGAAAUGUUCCUCAAGAAAUUCCCCAUGCUGAUCAGAAUUUGUUGCAAGAAAUUCGCAAACGAAACAAACACAAUGAAUCUACAUACUUUUCGAACAAUAAGCAAACUGGUGGAUUCUUAACGUUUGACGACGAAAUGAUCAUUUUGGAAGUACUUCAAAAAAGGAAUGUAUCCACCGAUUUAUUAAGCCAGGAUAAUCAAUCCACUGAAAGAUGUCUAUUGGUUUGCGAUUUUCGAUAG